GCGAUGGAGGCGCCGGCAGAGCUGCUGGCCGCGCUGCCCGCGCUGGCCACCGCGCUGGCGCUGCUGCUCGCCUGGCUGCUGGUGCGGCGCGGGGCGGCCGCGAGCCCGGAGCCCCCGGAGCCCGCGCCCCCGGAGCCCGCGCCCGCGGAGUCCGCGCCCCUGGCCGAGGCCAGCGGGACGGCCGCGCCGCCCGGCCCCUGCGCGGCAGAGCCGGCGGCCGCGCCCGAGGGGCCGCGGGAGCCCGCGCAGCCGGACGAGCCCGCGCAGCCGGACGAGCCCGCGCAGCCGGACGAGCCCGCAGCAGCGCCGGCGGAGGCGGAGGAGCAGGCCGCCGAGGAGAGGCAGGAAGAGGAGCAGGAGCUGGAUGGCGAGGAAGGUCCACCCCAGGCAGGGCCUGAGGAAGAAGACGGGGGAGAAGCCUUCUCCUUCAGAUACAGCCCUGGGAAACUGCGGGGAAACCAGUACAAGAAGAUGAUGACCAAGGAGGAACUGGAGGAGGAACAGAGAGUUCAGAAAGAACAGCUGGCUGCCAUCUUCAAGCUCAUGAAGGACAACACGGAGACGUUUGGCGAGAUGUCGGAUGGUGACGUGCGGGAGCAGCUCCGGCUCUACGACAUGAGUCAAUGCAAGAACUUAACACACAACCAUAAGAUAACAGCCUACCCUGCAAGCUGAAAGCAGGAGGAAACAUCCUGUCUGUUCCUAAGUGUCUGGAGGAAGAAAAGUUGAUACCAUCAGGCCACUGCAUCGUCCUUAACAGAGAACCUUGUCAAAUUUUGGAUUUGUGCCAGUUCAAUAGGUCAAAAAUGUUAGCUCUGUGAAACUUUAAUUUGCGUUGUUCUUAUUUUGAAAAAGUUUGUGCAUCCAUUGAAAUGUUUAGGGGCUCCUUGCAUUAUCUUCCGUCCCUGUCUGCUCCUGUUUUCUAUUGACUACCACACAUUUAAUCUCAGCUUAAUUCACCGAAUAGCACCCAUUUCCGAUUAUCUGGCCAUAAUUUUGGGUACAGCACCCAUCAUUCUCAAGCCAUGAUCCUGAAUUGGAAAGGGAAUCUAGGUAAUUCCCGGGAAAGCUCACCAAAUUCACGAGCGUUGGUGAAAGUCAAAAUGCUAACCAGAGAAAGGGUGACUGUCCACAGCACAAUUUCAUCCGAGUGAUAAUUGCCCACUUUAUAUACUCUGAGGAACCCCGCGCCCGCAAACUGGACCAAUCACUGCCCACGGCCGAUAUCCCUUCGCGGUGCCUCAGUGGUUCAAGCAUCUGCCAAUCUACAACGAAGGCGGA